AUGCACAAAUGUCAAGGUCAAGAUUCUUACGAAACGUGGUAUUCCAUGGUCUCGAGGGAAACAGAGCCAGCCUAUUUUAGAGAUAAAAAUUUUUACAAAACAAAUCCAGACAUUCAACCAGAGAUGAGAGCAAUAUUGAUCGAUUGGCUGAUCAAUGUCAGUGCUGUCUACAAGCUGCAGAGAAAGACAUUGUACAUGGCAAUUGAUUAUGUUGAUAGGUACCUGAGCAGAUCAAGUGGAAUCCAGAAAACAACUCUGCAGUUAAUAGGAAUUACAUCGCUGUUAAUUGCUUCCAAGAUUGAAGAAACCUACCCACCAAAACUUUCACAGUUCUGUUACAUGGCAGAUGGGGCCUGCACUACUGAUGAAAUGUUGGCUUUUGAAAAACACAUCUUACAGGAUGUCUUUGCCAGUCAGUUGUUGGAUCUGUGUCUCAUGUGCACUGAGUCACUUCAAUUUGGAUACCACUUGCUGGCUGCCGUUACCAUCAGUUUCUAUAUUAUGAGCAUCAUCACUGUUACUCAGAUCACAGCUCUGUCUUGUGACGAGAUGGAAGAUUGCUAUAGAUGGAUUUUACCAUUCUAUGAAGUUUUAGAGGCAGAAAGCAAUGCAUCUGUCGCCUUAUUGGAAAAAGUUAAAGCUUAUAGAGAGGCCUUAAAACCGAGUAACAAAUUGAUGGGCAGUAGGCCGUCAAGAAGAUCUCAGUCGACACCACAGUAUUCUUUGAAUACUGCUUCAGCUUCUGGAGAGCCCAGUAACGUCUAG